GAGGAGUCAGAUUUUCUGGUAAAAAUGAUUGAUUCUUAUGAAGGGCAACCAUUUAACCCAACUGUCCAACUGAAUGCUGCUGCUGCCAAUAUAAUUUGCUCUAUAAUUUUUGGUGACAGAUUUGAUUAUGAGGAUGAAACAUUUGUCAGUUUAAUAAAGAGAGUGAAUGAAAAUGCUCAACUUCUUGGUUCACCUAUUGCCCACGUAAGUCUCAUCCUGCAUUUGAAUAGUAAUACAUUGCAGAAAAAAUCAUUUGCAAUUUGCAGUAAUGGGAAUCUGUAAAUGGAGUUUCAGUAA